UAUGGCGUCAAGCAAAUUUGAAGUCUCGGUCUUAUGACUCAUUUGAGAAAGGGCCGUACUCUUAACUAUGAAUUUGUUUUUCUAACGUGUUUGGGGUUCAUUUUCAUGCAUGACAGCAGUGCGACGUUGUAAGCGGUAGAUGCGGCGCCUGUGCAAUAUGAAGAAUGGACGAAGACGAUGUGACUAUCAGAGAACAGAAUUUUCACAGCCAAGUUCGAGAGUACAUCAUUUGUUUCCUUCUGUUUGCAGUCCUUUACAUUGUGUCAUACUUCAUCAUCACUAGAUACAAGAGGAAAACUGAUGAUCAUGAAGAUGAAGACGCCAUAGUCAACAGAAUAUCGCUGUACCUGUGCACCUUCACUCUGGCUGUGUCAGCCGGGGCAGUCCUGUUGCUUCCCUUCUCCAUCAUCAGUAACGAGAUCCUGCUCUCCUUCCCCAAAAACUACUACAUCCAGUGGCUCAAUGGCUCCCUCAUCCAUGGCCUCUGGAACCUGGUGUCCCUGUUCUCCAAUCUCUGCCUCUUCGUGCUCAUGCCAUUUGCCUACUUCUUUUUGGAAUCGGAGGGAUUUGCUGGAUCAAAAAAGGGCAUAAAGGCUCGUGUCUUGGAGACAUUUGUGAUGCUCUUCCUGCUGGGCCUGCUUAUUUUGGGAAUAGUCUGGGUGGCCUCAGCUCUGAUCGACAAUGACGCAGCCAGCAUGGAGUCAUUAUACGACCUCUGGGAGUUCUACUUACCAUAUUUGUAUUCCUGCAUAUCUCUAAUGGGAGGAUUACUGCUUCUGAUGUGCACUCCAGUGGGACUGUCUCGGAUGUUCACAGUCAUGGGCCAGUUAAUUGUGAAGCCCACGAUCCUCGAAGACCUGGAUGAGCAAAUUUAUUGCAUCCAUUUGCAAGAGGAAGCCCUUCAGAGGAGAUUAAAUGGGACAGCAUCUCAUUCUCAAUGUGGCACCCAGCAUUUGCACAAAGAGUUGGACAACAUCAGGAGCCAGAAGAAUAAACUGGAGAGGCGGAAGAAGGCUUCGGCAUGGGAGAAGAAUUUGCUGUACCCUUUUGUCAUGCUAAUACUCCUGACCGGAACAACAAUCUCAGUUCUUCUAGUGGCUCUCAACAUCCUGUAUCUAUUAGUGGAUGAAACCGCAAUGCCAAAGGGAUCAAAGGAGCGAGGGAUAGGAAAUGCCUCCUUGUCUACGUUUGGAGUCGUACAAGCAGCUAUUGAAAUCAUUCUGAUGUUCUACCUAAUGGUGUCCUCUGUCGUCGGCUUCUACAGCCUGCGCGUCUUUGAAGGCCUCACCCCGAGGAAGGACGACACAACCAUGACAACGAUCAUUGGAUGUUGUGUGUCAAUCCUUGUACUCAGUUCAGCAUUGCCAGUGAUGUCCAGAACUCUGGGAAUUACAAGGUUUGAUCUGCUCGGAGACUUCGGGAGAUUUAACUGGUUGGGAAACUUCUACAUCGUCCUUUCUUACAAUCUGCUUUUCGCUGUGGUGACAACCCUCUGUCUGGUUCGAAAGUUCACCUCUGCAGUUCGGGAAGAGCUCCUGAAAGCAUUAGGUCUGGAUAAAUUGCACCUUUCAAACAGCCCCACGGACCCGGAGACGGCCAAGCACUCGGCGAACGGGCACCAGAAGUCUCUGUGAGGAGGAGCGGAGUGUAAUCUGCGGCGGCAGAAGGAGGAGAAAAGGGGGGGUCGGCAUCCACGACAUUCCACCACAGUCCUCCCGUGCGAGGGGUGCGACUCGGCUGGAGCUCGUGCUGACUCACCGCCACCGCCACCGCCACCUCCAGCCCCGGCCUGAUUGUUUGUCUUGUCCAUAGCUCUCUGCCUCUUUCUCUCCGAUGCACAUGAGCCAGCUGCCCAGUCAGGAAAACUCGGAAGGCUUCCUGUCUUCCUUCAUUUGGGGACUCAAAUGCAGCUUCGUAGACGAGAGGCUGAAGAGCUUUUCAAAAAUGUUCACGGAUGCUUUUAUCUUGUUGUUCACCUUUUUUUAAUUGGCUGUUUAUACUGCCACAUUUGCCCUUUCUGCUGUUAAGUUCAUUAUUAGUCAACGUUCUUUCCUUUUCUCACAUGACUGUCACAAACCUCACGUCACAGUUUCUGAGCGACACCCUUGUUCUUUGUGUAGUAUUUUGCGAAAGCACUUAAAGGUGUUACUUUAGGAAAGCUUGUAAAUAGUCCAUGUAUAUGUUCACUUUCAAAAAUGUAUGCAUAGUUCUUCUACACAGGUAAUGUCGUAAUGUUCAUUUGCAGUGGUGGAGUGCAUCAGUGGUAUAUUAGUACAAUGUAAAUACAGGCCUAAGAGAUGAGAAGACAAACGUAAAAUUGACUACAUACCACAUUUAGAUUAUUCCUCUUUGUGUGAAUGAGGUGAGGAGAUUAACCCAGAAAGUAUCAACUCAACCAAGCCAUGUCUAGCUGAGAUUUGUUUCUGGAACUGUCUCAGCAUUUGCAAUGAUGGCUAUACACUGUGUUGUUGUGAAGCUUUGCAGUUACAAUUUUAUGGAUUCAUGUGAUUGAUAUAUGAAGGUAAUUUUAGUAUUGGGAGCUGCCUUUCUGUGGAAAUGUUCUAAAUUUAUGCCUUAUAUUUGAAAAGGAUAAAAUGUGUACAGUUACUCAAUGGAAUUUUUUUAUUUUAAAGAAACUGAUUGAAAUUGAUAUUUUUAAUGUUAAGGGCACUACUAUCUAUUAAAAAUAUCUUCCUGUCA